CUGCGCACGCGCCUGCGCACGGGCGUGGCCGCGCGCGGGGCGGAUUUGGGGCCCGGCUCCACGCGCACAAACGCGGACAGGCAUCGACCGUGGAAACACCACAAACAGACGGAGAUGUCAGCAGCCACGGGGGCCCCGAGGAUGUCGGGCCUGCGCCAGCAGCCGGCCGCGGCGAAGAGGAAGAGGUGGGGAGGCUUGAGGCAGCAGUGGAAGCUUCUUGGCUUGUUUGAGAUUGAUGAGCAGCAUGAGUUCUACAGCCUGACUGGCAUGAUGAAGGAAGGGCUGGCUGCAGCCAUCCAAAACACCGUUGACAACCCACCCACAACUGAACUUUCAGAUGAUGAUUUUAGACAAGAGGUCACAAAGGUUCAUGAGAAUUUCACCAUGGAGACGUUUGCCGGCAACGUUUUCGCCAGCCUGCGCGGCUCCUUGGGAGUGACAGAAAAUGAGUAUCAGCAGUCGCUCUGCUCUGAAAGCUGCUACCUUCAGUUCAUCAGCAACUCCAAAAGCAAGGCCGACUUCUUCCUCACGAAUGAUAAACGCUUCUUUUUGAAGACCCAGAACAAAAGAGAAAUCAAAUUCCUGUUAGCCAACCUGAAGGUCUACAUGGAGCACCUGAAGAACUACCCUCAUUCACUGCUAGUCAAGUUCUUAGGGGUUCACAGAAUCCAAAUCCCUCGUAACCAUAAGAAAUACUUUAUCGUUAUGCAAAGUGUGUUUUAUCCAGAUGAGCGAAUCAGUGCCAGGUAUGAUAUCAAGGGCUGUGAGGUCAGUCGCUGGACAGAGCCGGCCCCGGAGGGUUGCCAGGUCAUCGUUGUGCUCAAGGAUCUCAACUUCGAGGGGCAAGUCAUUACUUUGGACCAUCAGCGGCCGUGGCUCCUACGGCAGGUGGAGAUCGACACCCAGUUCCUGUGCACGCUAAACGUGCUGGACUACAGCUUCCUGCUGGCCCAUCAGCCUCUGCACCACGACGAGCGCCACCAGAGCCUGUCCUUCGCCUCCCUCAUCGUCAGAGCCAAAAAAUCCGUGUACUCGGGUUCCAGCCCGGUCCACGCCGUUCCCGGAGCCGUCCCGGAAUACGACUCCCCCAUGCCUACAUCUGACUCCCCGACUGCCUCCGAGCGCUUAAACGCUGAAGAAAGCUCCCCCCGGGGGGGCCGGGGCCAGGCCCAGCCCCAAACCGGCGAGCUGCAGGACUUCCAGGCCCAGAACCGACGCCUGCUUCCCAACCUGAAGAACCCCCUCCACGUGAUCGACGGCCCCGAGCAGCGCUACUUCAUCGGAAUCAUUGACAUUUUCACCGUUUACAGUUUUAAAAAGCGUCUGGAGCACAUGUGGAAGAGGCUGAGACACCCCGGGCGAUCCUUCUCCACCGUGAGCCCGCAGGCCUACUGCGUCAGGCUGUGUCAGUGGAUUCAGGACCACACGAAAUAGACCUUAAAUAAGAGUUUGGAACUGUCAAAAAAAAACAAAAAAAAAAAACAAGUAAAAAAACUGAUAUGUCAGCAUCUGUUCCAUAGAGCCACCACUUUGUUCAUUUUUGUCUCAUUUUGCUGCAUUUUUAUGCACUUUGAAUAUAUUUUGAGAAGCUUUAUGAUCACUAAGUGAUAUGACGUUUCACUUUAACUCACAAUCUGGCAAAAUAUUUCAAUAUUUAUUUAAAUUAUGAUCAUGAUAUAUUUAUUUCACAAAAUGGGUUUGUUGUACUCAACAGUUUUUUUUGUCAUUUAGUAUUUUCGGGAUGUAUGAAUAUGCACAUUGGUAUUCUGUUGCUGCUGCUUCACCUAUGUCAACACUAAGUGACCUUUUCUGUAACAUAAGUAAACAAUGUUGCUCAUUUUAUAAUUCAGGAGGUUCCAAAACAUAACGAGAGUUAUGUUUUAUGUAGUUGAACCUCUUCUUGAAACAUUAACAAAACGAGUUGAUAUCAUGUAUAAUUUUUAUUUGAUUCUAUUCCUUUUCUCUAAUUUUAUAUAACAUUCUACAAAUGAUUUAAAGCUUGAAUUUACUUUUGUUUUUGUUGAAUUUAUUGACGUGACCUAUUUAUCGAGAGUUCAUUUUUGAUUAUGGUUUGUGGGAUCUAGUGAGUGAGUGGUGAAGUCAUUACUGUUGACCGUUCAGAGAAAGAGAAAAAGAUGUUUUGUGUUGUGAAAAAGCAAGAAACAUAGGAGUUUUAUACACAUACACUGCAGUUCAUAAAUUGUGUUUAUUAUUUCGGGCGAACAUUCAUCAGUCCAUUUUCAGUAUCCCCGUCUGAUGCAUUGUUAGCAAGCAAGAGUUUAGAAUCUUUUCAAAUAAAUUGCGGAUAAAUCAAAUAUCCAAUUAUAUGACCAAUAGAUCAAGAGAACUACUUAUUUGAUUGUUACCUCACUUUAUUUAUCCUUUUACAUCCAUGACAUCUGGUCUUACCUGCAUUUAGCACAUUUUACUGUGCUUCCUAGUUACAAUACAACAAUACAAUACAAUACAACAAUACAUCUGCUAAAUAUCUUUUUUGUGCAUGGAUAAGAGUGCAAACAGUCUAGUCAUGAUUGUCCAAAUAACUUUUGAUUUAAUUAGUGAAGAGACUGAAAGAAAAUAGUGAGAAAAGGAUCCUAUCACAUUUACAUAGUGCUGAAGUAAAAUGAACGUGUAAAUAAAUGUCACGAUGACCCACUUCCUGUAUGUCGCGUGUCGUUUGGGACGAUACCUGUACGCUGACAGACUGGUGUCCACUCACUUCCAAUAAAAAAAUUCAUUAUUU